UGCGCAGCCUCCUCCGCAGCUGGGCCGGCCGGCCGCGGGGCGGUGUGAGCCGGGCCGGGCGGCCGGAGCGCUGCGAUGUGGCUCCGGCCCGAGGAGGUGCCGCUGAAGAACGCGCUGCGGCUGUGGGUGACCCAGAGGAGCAGCUGCCACUUCGUCCUGCAGCGGCGCCGCGGGCACGGCGAGGGGGGCGGCCGCCUCACCGGCCGCCUGGUGGGCGCUCUGGACGCGGUGCUGGACUCCAGCGCACGGGUGGCCCCGUUCCGGAUCCUGUUCCAGGUGCCCGGCUCCCAGGUCUGCUCUCAGAUCGCGAGCGGGGCGACGCUGGAGGAGGUGGAGCGGCACUGGGCCUGGCUGGAGCAGAACCUGCUGCACACCCUGGGCGUGUUCGACAGCGCGGAGGACGCCGCCAGCUUCGUCACCGGGAAGGUGAAGGCCCUGAUCGCCGAGGAGUCCAGCAGCCGGCUGGCCGAGCAGGAGGAGGAGCCCGAGAAGUUCCGAGAGGCCUUGGUCAAGUUUGAGUCCAGGUUCGCCUUCCCGGAGGCGGAGAAGCUCAUCACCUACUACUCGUGCUGCUGCUGGAAGGGCCGCGUCCCCCGCCAGGGCUGGCUCUACCUCAGCGUCAACCACCUCUGCUUCUACUCCUCCUUCCUGGGCAAGGAGCUUAAACUUGUGAUCCCUUGGGUUGACAUCCAGAAGUUAGAAAAAACGUCCAACGUCUUCCUGACGGCCACCAUCCGCGUCAGCACGCCCAGCAAGGAGCGGGACUUCUCCAUGUUCCUGGACCUGGAGGAGGCACUGAAGGUCAUGGAGCAGCUAGCCGACGUGACGCUGCGCAGGCUGCUGGACAACGAGGGCUUUGACCUGGACCCCCCGCUGCAGGAGCCGAGCCAGAUCACCAAGAGGGACCUGGAGGCCCGAGCGCAGAGCGAGCUGUUCCGGGCCGUCUUCAGGCUGCCGCGGCGCGAGAGGCUGCACGCCGUCCGGGGCUGCUCCCUGUGGACGCCCUUCAGCCGCCGCCACACCGCCGGGCGCCUCUUCGCCUCCGACCGCUACGUCUGCUUCGCCAGCACCGAGGAGGGCAGCUGCCGGGUCAUCAUCCCGCUCCGCGAGGUGCUGAGCAUCGAGAAGAUGGAGGACACGAGCCUGCUGCCCAGCCCGGUCAUCGUCAGUGUCCGGGGCCAGAUGGCCUUCCAGUUCAUCGAGCUGAAGGACAGGGACGCGCUGGUGGAGGCGCUGCUGGGCCGGCUGCAGCGGGUGCAGGCCGACCUCCCCGCGCACCGCAGCGCCUCGCAGGGCGGGGACGACAGGACGCCGGCGCUUCAGUCCACGAGCGUGAGCAGUGACCACACGUUUGGGGACCUGGAAGUGGUGUCUUCUCCGAGCAGCGAGGAGAGCGGAGCGGAGAGCCCGCGGCGGCGCCCCGAGGCCCCGGGCGCUGUCCUGUGCUUGCCCAGGGAGGAGGUGAAGACACGCCUGUGGAGGGACCACCUUGCGGAGUACGGCAGGACCGUGUGCAUGUUCCGCACCGAGAAGGUCCGGAGGCUGGUGGCCAUGGGCCUCCCCCAGUGCUUGCGCGGCCGGCUCUGGCUGCUCUUCUCAGAUGCCGUAACCGACCUCGCCUCGCAUCCCGGCUACUACGGGCGCCUGGUGGAGGAGUCCCUGGGGAAGUGCUGCCUGGCCACGGAGGAGAUCGAGCGGGACCUGCACCGGUCCCUGCCGGAGCACCCCGCCUUCCAGACUGAGACGGGCAUCGCCGCUCUGAGGAGGGUCCUGACCGCCUACGCCCACCGCAAUCCCAGGAUCGGGUACUGCCAGUCCAUGAACAUCCUGGCCUCCGUGCUGCUGCUCUACGCCGCCGAGGAGGACGCCUUCUGGCUGUUGGUUGCGGUGUGCGAGCGCAUGCUCCCCGACUACUUCAACCGCCGCGUGCUGGGGGCCCAGGUGGACCAGUCCGUGUUUGAGGAGCUCGUCCGGGAGCAGCUGCCCGAGCUGGCCGAGCGCCUGCGCGACCCCUCCGCCCUGGCGUCCCUGUCGCUCUCCUGGUUCCUGACGCUCUUCCUCAGCAUCAUGCCCCUGGAGAGCGCCGUGCACGUGGUGGACUGCUUCUUCUACGACGGCAUCACGGCCGUCUUCCAGCUGGGGCUGGCCGUGCUGGAGGCCAACGCCCGGGCCCUGUGCAGCAGCCGGGACGACGGCCAGGCCCUCGUGCUCCUCAGCAGGUUUCUAGAUCACAUCAAGAACGAGGACAGCCCCGGGCCCCCCGUGGGCAGCCACCACGCCUUUUUCUCCGGCGACCAGGAGCCUCCUCCGGUGACCGACAUUGCGGACCUGAUCCGGGACUCCUAUGAGAAGUUUGGGCACCAGUCUGUGGAGCAGAUCGAGCGCAUGCGCUGCAGGCACAGGAUCCGGGUCCUCCAGGGCCACGAGGGCACCACCAAGCAGAACGUGCUCCGCGUGGUCAGCCCUGAAGUCUCCUUCCCCCUUGGUGACCUCGAGGAGCUCUAUGACUUGUUCAAGCGGGAGCACAUGAUGAGCUGCUACUGGGAGCAGCCGCGACCCGGGCCCGCCCGCCAUGACCCCAGCCGGCCCUACGCCGAGCAGUACCGCAUAGACAGCCGGCAGUUUGCACGCCUGUUUCAGCUGCUCUCGCCAUGGACCUGCGGGGCGCACACAGAGAUCCUUGCCGAAAGGACCUUCCGGCUCCUGGACGACAACAUGGACCAUCUUAUCGAAUUCAAAGCGUUUGCCACCUGCCUCGACACUAUGUAUAAUGGAGAAAUGAGUGAGAAAAUUAAACUGCUCUACAGGCUUCAUAUCGCUCCAGCCCUCACUGGAGAGGACCAAGACAGCCAGUCACCACUGAGGAACCCUCUGCUGUCGACGUCAAGACCCCUGGUGUUUGGGAAACCAAAUGAUGAUGCCUCUGAUUAUCAGAAACAGCUAAAGCAGAUGAUUAAGGAUUUAGCCAAAGAAAAAGCUAAAUCUGAGACUGAGUUGCCCCAAAUGAGCCAGAGAGAAUUCAUCCAGUUCUGUAAAACUUUGUACAGCAUGUUCCAUGAAGACCCAGAGGAAAACGACUUAUAUCAAGCCAUCGCCACGGUAACCACGCUGCUGCUGCAGAUCGGGGAGGUGGGGCAGCGCAGCAGCAGCAGCAGCAGCUCCGGGAGCUGCUCCCAGGACAGCGGGGAGGGCCCGCGGGCCUCAGCCCCUUCUCCGGAGCGGGGCUCUGUUUUUGUGGACUCGGACUCGGACACUGGGACAGCUCCCCGGGCAUUUCCCGAAGAGGCGGAAGGCGACUGGACAGUCUCCCUUGAACACAUUUUAGCUUCACUUCUGACUGAACAGUCAUUAGUAAACUUUUUUGAAAAGCCACUGGACAUUAAAUCCAAACUUGAAAAUGCCAAGGUCAAUCAGUACAGCCUCAAAACUUUUGAAACGAGCAGCCAAUUACUGCCUGAACUUAAGCAAGACAGUGAUUUGCUGAGAUGAGCUGGUCAUAACAAAGCAAGAACCACCAAUUUGUAGGUUGUCAGCCCCAUAAAUCCAGAUUUGAGUCUCCUCCAUUCUGAGUACAGCCUACAAUCUGGGCAUGCAGGUAAGCAACCUGACCGCCCCAACUGUGGCCUGGAGAACUGAUGCAAUCCUCAACAUUUCUGUGUUUUUAAGAGGGAGCGACAUGGAUGUUGGUUGCCUCCCAUACAUACCCCGGCCGGGGAUGGGACCUGCAACCUAAGUCAUGUGCCCUGAUCGGGAAUCAAACCUGCAGCCUUCCAGUGUGCAGGGUGACGCUCCAACCCACCGAGCCGCAGCGGCCAGGCCAGGCUGUUGACUAUCAGAUAUACUGCUGCUGUGAUGCUCUCAUUGACAGAACACGGGUCCAAUGCACUAUGCUAACCCAGACGAAGAAACGCCCACGCUCUCAUUUUUCACUAGAUAAUGGGAGGUCUAGAGUCAAGUUCACUUUGAAGAUAUAAGAGCCACUGUCUGUGCAAUUGCAUUUGGCUUUUUCUUUGCACAAAUGUUUCAAUGCUGGUAAUUGAAACCAUUUUAAUAUAUUUGGUUGUAUUCCCUUUCCUUACAAAAAUGUUGUGUACAAACCAUGCUAUCAAUGUUGGCCUCCCAAGUUUUUUAAUAAAUUUUUGUAGCAACUUUG